AUCGAUGUUUACAGUUCGAAGCGACUGCUGAAAAUGGAGACACGGUACACGUGGUUUCUUUAUUUUGUUUUCGAUCAGACAGGCCUCUAACUUUACAUUUAGCACCCAGUGGCUGGGAGAAGAAUGGCGGCGGAUCGCCCAAAGCGAAGGAUCACACAACCCUGUUUGGAAUACAAUGGAGGACUUCUACCAAAAGAGGAAAUAAUGUUGCGGAAAGCCAUGUAUGCCUCUCUUACAGAAUCUAAAAAACCUUCACCAAAAAAAAUUGUUGUGCAUCCCUCAUCAACAGAGAAUGAUGGAUGUUAUGUUAAUGGAGUGCUUGAUAAUGUGGAGUUAAUCUCAGCGGGAGAAGAAAUCAAUGGCAAGCAUUGUGCUAUUCCUAAUGAGGUUGACAACAAUAAUAGUCCUAAUGUUCAUCAAUUUGAAGAUGUACAAGCCAUGGAGAUCCACAGCCCCUCAUCAAGUACAGCUACUACACAGAAAAAGACAAAAAUUAUCAAGGAACCUAGCAAACUGUUGAAUUAUGUGCUCAAGAAGAAGAAAGAGAAGAAGAAUAAGGGCAGGAGUUUAUUCAGAACUCCAUCGCCUUUGAAACUUCAAGCUCAUGGUGAUAGUGGAAGUGUAGAUUUUUCAGGUGGAGAAGCAAAUGUCCUGAGAAACUCAUCUUGUUUAUCUCGAAAUGGGAAAGUGAAAAAGAAAAAGCGGCAAAGAGGAGCUCUGGCUGUUUUUGUAGCCAUGAAUAAAUCUGCUGGAGGAAAACUUAACAAAAGCCAUAGUCUAAGCAAAGAACUGCUCAUGAAGACAAAAAAGAAGAGAAGAAGAAGGCAGAAAAGCAUGGAGACUCAAGCGUGUGGAGCUGGAGGAGCUGUUGGUCUUGCUGCUGAAAGUGAGGAGUUGCCCACAAAGAAAUACAAGAAAGAUGAGAAGAAAAAGCCACACAGAAUGGUUCAAGCACAGAGGAAAUUUGCCAAGAGGCAUCCAUUGAGUCCCAACAGUAUGAGAUAUCAGGUGGACAACAACUUAUUUACAGCUCCAUGCACCAGGGCAAAGACUGAAGAUUUCUUGACUUUUCUAUGUUUAAGAAGUAACCCUGUCUUACCAAAAGAACUAGAGGUCUUCAAUAACCCUUGUCUACCGAUGUCACCAUUAUCAGAGGAGGAAGACGAUAUCUCCUCGCCACCCUCCCCUGUUCGAUCACAAUCGUCCAUGUCGAACUCGUCAAGCGCUAUUCAGAUAUCACAUUCUGACUCACCUGUCCCCUCUGUGGAUAGUCCAGCAACUGGUGAGGGACCCUCAUGGGAGAGUGGAGUUGUUCGAAUGUACGCAGAUGGCCCCAAAGGGCUAGCUGCCAAAGGCAAGGAGGAGAAGAAAUAUGAUGAACUCCUUCCAAGUGACGAGGCAGAUAGCCCAAGAGACCUCACAAAAUCAGUGACACCACCGCUUGCUUUCAGAGUGUCCUCUCGUCCGACGAAUCUGUCAUCAAAUCGAGUGAAGGAUAAGCAGCUUCCGCGACCGAUUCCGAAACCUUUCGCUGUCAAGCCCAGUCUGACAGGCUCCUCACUCACAAGGACAUCAUCUUCUCAUUUGGCGGGCGAUGUUGGUUGUGGCUCCAUUCCUCCGCCUCCCAGCUUUUUACAGUCGUCAGAUUCGUCAUCUUGUUCCCCUCCUCCGCCGCCAUUACUGUACAUCCCUGCGGCGGCUCAGAGAGUCACUCAUCUUCACGGUCCUCCUACCCUUCAAAGAUUCCCAUCGACUUCUCCUACGCGAGAUCAAGAAAGCACUUCGCCUUCAGAGGUAAGGCGCAGGCUGACAACCAUUCAAGAUGAUGGACCACCGCCUUUAAAGAGGUAUCCUCCUGUAGAUGUGGAACGAGAGGACGUGAAGAGAAACAACGUCUCGAAGGAGCCAUCUUUAAGAAAGGCUGGAACUUCAGAAUUCCAGCCAAUUUUAUGGACAUCAAACAAUAGUGAAAAAAAGGACCAUGCUACAGUUGAAACUGCUACAUUUAAGGGAUCGAACUCUUCUGUUUGUGACUUGACUAAACUUUCCGAGGUAGGAAAAAAGGUUGACACGAAUGCAACUACCUGGAGGAGUAAGGAAAUGCCACUGUUACGGAGACAUUCUUCAGCAAGUGAGGUCGCAGAUGUGCGCGUUGAAGAUCACUUGCUUUUCUCCGGGGCAUCACGUAGGAUCAAUUCCAGCAGUAGUCCUCCUCGCCUGCAGCGGGUUCCUAUCUCGGUGGAUACAGCGAUUGAAAUGCAUCUUAAUCGCGUUGUUUCCUCCGGAAAUUUAACUGAACCUACCCGGAAGCAUAUAGAAGCUUCCAGAAGUCGUUAUUCGCCAAACUUCCCGUCUCACCCUCCAAGACUGGUUAGACACUCACCAAGUCACCUUGGAAGGAACGCUAGUCCAGCAUUUCUCCAAAAUGACUCAUUGAACAUCGGCGUUGAUCCCAGUCGGCGACAGUCUUCGCCGUUUUUUGAUUUAGCUUCCUCUAAACCCGUAAGUGCGCAGCCUAUUCAGGAAAUACCUCUCGGUAGAACUAUUCCUGUUGGGUCUCUAGUUUCCGCCAGACAUUCUCCGUUGUUUACGUCUAGUCAGGCCAGGUACAAGAGUACUUACGUUUUCUCAAAUCGGCAGACGUAUGUGCAGCCAGUAAAUGAGACGAGACCGUUACCAGUCAGCGCCUUGAUGGUGCCCACUGCAAAUGGUGUAAACGUCCCUGGAAAUCAUUCCGAAGUUAAUGCAAUGCGACUUCAAUUAAAUAGUGGUUUCAGCCGAUUGAACGAGUGGCAGCUUUCCCACCCUGUGCAAAAUCCGUGUCCAAGCCCUUCAUCGUCCUCGUAUAUUCAUCGUGGAACAAAUCUCAGUGUCAUGCCGGAAAAUAGACAGCUUAGUAAUUCUCCAGUAGGAUUUAAGAGAAUCCCAUCUCCAAGAUCUGACUUGUUCAGCGGCAUUUCAUCAGCACCAGUUGAUAUUUCAUGUAUGUCGCACGCUGGCCCUAAAAUAGAUUCUACGGUUUCAGGAGUUAAACCGUGGGCUUUCCAGCCUAGUUUAAGACAAAAAGAAAACUCUCUUGGAGGCUUGCCUCCUACAUGGUCUCAUUUACAGUCUCCCUAUUCAAUACCAUCCGUUGUUUCCCGUAGUUCUCCUAAACCGUAUACUUUUUCUGCAAAUCUUUCACAAGCCUCGCGCCAUUCUGGGUCGUAUUCUGUUUUGCAUUCAAACGCAGGGACGUUAGAAAGAUAUUCCGUAGGACCGUCUGGAUCGAGUGAUUGUCAGUACGUGUCAGUUAUUCAGCGCGCGAAUGCCAACAAAGGUGAACCAUCACGGCGCGAGAUUUGGACAGGCGAACAAGGAAAUGUCAAAACAUUUCAGUUGCCAAAGGCAUUUCAAGGAGGCGAUAUGCGAUAUGAUGCGAGCUCAAAUGCUUUGUUAAACAACAUUUCAUCACCAGAUGCAUCCAAGAGGGCGCAAUCAUCCAAAGAUCAUCUUAAACAAGUACAAUCUUCUGUAAAAGAUUUCGAUUCUGUCAACUUGAAUCGGCAAACGCCAAGCGCAUCAAGCAAUCAUGAGAAGGAGAGGCCGCCAACUUCGGACUCACCCAGGCUAAAGGCAAAGAAAGACAAAGUUGCGGGUUCAACAAAAUGUGUCAAUACAGGUUCCAAGGUGAACAGUCCAUCAAAAGUUGUAAAGAAAACUUUAGGUUCCAAGCAAAAAGAGGCGUUGUGUUCUCUGCCAGUUAAACCAAAUGAUUCACCUGUUUUUUAUCCAAGUGAAGAGGAAUUCCGCAAUCCUGUUGCAUAUAUCAACGCGAUACGCGGCCACGGAGAAAAGUUUGGUAUCUGUGUGAUUUGCCCUCCUGAAUCUUGGAAGCCCGAGUUUCAGGUGUCCGACAAUUUGCGUUUUAAUAGCGAGUGUCAGUUGAUUCACAAACUCCAAGACAGGUGGGGUCCUGUGGAAGAAGAAUUGGCUUGCAUCCGCAAGCAUCUCGAUCAGCAGUCAAUUUCUCUUGCGCCCAUGCCUCAGAUUGGUGGAUACGAACUCGAUCUUCCUCAGUUUUCCAGAGUGAUGAAACAAUUUGGAGGACUGCAGAAGGUUAUUGACAACAAAAAAUGGACGAAAAUUGCCGAAGUGAUGAAAAUUCCUCGGGGGGCUCAAGACCGAAUAGGAAAACUACAGGAUAUUUAUUGUAAAUACUUGCUCUCGUACGAUCUGCUUCCGCAGGAAGAAAAAGACAAAUUGUUGCAACAGGUCAACUCGGAGAGGAAAAGUAACAACCCCUGUGAAAAAGACGCGGAUUCUUGGUCAAUGAAGGGUCGUAACUUGUCUCUGGUACCAUUCCAAAGACUUGCACGCAACGUGCAAGAGCAUUUCUUUAAGAAGCCACCUUUGGCUAACGACGUCGAGCGGGAAUUCUGGAAGCUUGUUCAUAAUCGCGACAACUAUAUUUCUGUUCACCGUGGAAGUGUAGACACAAACCAGGAGAACAGCGGCUUUCCAACUGAAAAAGGAAAUGUUUAUUCAAAGAAUGGAUGGAACUUGAACGUUCUUCCACAUUUGCCCGGUUCAGUUUUGAAACACCUGGGAUUUGUUCAAGAUGUCACAGUGCCUUGGCUUCAGUUCGACAUGAUUUUCUCUGCGAUUUCCUGGCAGACUCACCCUCUUGCUCUCUACACAGUGGAUUACCUCCACAACGGAGGGGAGAAAAUUUGGUAUAGUGUUCCGGUUGGAGAAAAGAAAAAUUUUCUAUCUGUCUGUGGCCAAAGGCAAAGCGGAGCAACGGAAACAACAGAAGUAGACAAAAUGGUUUCUCCCAGCAGUUUAUCGGACAACGGAGUGACGGUAACAAGAGUUGUACAAAAAGAGGGACAGUUCGUGAUCGUCUUUCCGGAAGUUUAUUACAGUAGCAUCAGUUGCGGGUAUUCUAUUUCUGAAGCAGUGACCUUUGCAACUCCUGACUGGGUUGUGCUUGGGUGUAAACGCUAUAAGGAAUUGCAGGGCACCUCUUGGUGGAGCGAGUUUGCGUUGGAGAGGCUGUUGCUUGGCCUUGCUGAAGAGCUGAAUGUGGAAAACCAGGAAAUACUUCAGUGUUUACUGACGGAGCUCAAGUCUGCGAGGGAUGAAGAGAAGUCCUUUAUGGUUCAGCUUCUAGAACUCGGUUUGGUUGAAACGCAUGUCGACAACGAAAAGAAAUCUUCAGGGUCGCCUGGAGGUAGGAAAGGAAAAAAGUCAACCACAAACUGGCCUCACGCUGAUUCAGGCUGUGUUUUGUAUUGCGAGGUCUGUGACCGUCCGUGCUACGUGUCAGCGGUAACAAGUGAACAUGAUCCUCAAGUACUCUGUCUAAAACACGCUGUGGAACAUAUCCGUCAGAAGGCUUCGCCUGAAGGCUUUAAAAUUUUGACCAGAUAUGAUACGUCUCGACUGGAAGAACUUGUACGCAAGAUUGAGGAAAAGCUGAAAAACGUGCAAACCUCACAAACUGCAAAGUAAUAUAAGUUGAACUUUGCAAGCGUCUCUUUAGAACUUCCUGAAACAAACAAUGUAAUUGUAAGGCAUAAAAAAGUGCUGGGAAUAGAUAUAAGGUCUGGGGUGGGGACAGUAGUGAGGCGAUGGGAGCUGCUAGGGAAGGAAAAAUGGAGGAAAAUUCUUUAAAUAAAUACAACAGGUCCCCCCCUCUCCUCCCAUUCUUCUGCCUUCUUCCGAGAUACGGUACUUACUCUGUGUACUUCAGCACAGUCCUAACCGGGAAAGGACUAAUCUUCUCUUGAGAACACCUAGUGUUUUUUUCUUGUUUCUCGUUACCCUUUUGUUGACAGACUUUCACACAAACAUGCCUAUUUUAAUUUUUAGGUUUUGUACUUGUGUUUUGUUUUAUUUGUUGUUUUUUUUUUAAAUUCAAACCCUUUCAAAGUUUCUUUUGCUAAUUUUUAUGCAUUAGUUGGCUUUUUGGGUCAGAAUAUACGGAGAGAUGUUAACUUCUUUUACUGUGCAUAUGCACAAUUGUGUGAGUGAAAAUAAAUAGCAAAAGCUAAUUGUUGCUUUUAGAGGCAAGUGAAUAUAUAGAAACAAAAAUAAUCUUUUAUUAGGAACAUAUUUGAAAUAAUAAAUACAAUGCUCACAAAGAUGUAAUAUGCUAAAGUUUAUAAAUA